UCAAAUCAAAAUUGCCAGAGGAUUGUAUUGUGGUAGAGUUCUGGGUUAUGUUGUUUUAAAUUAACUUAAAUUAACCCAAGACUUUCAAUUUCUUUCUGGUGACAUUAUAUUGUAUCAUUUACUAAGUAGUUUUUACAAAAAGGUAUAUGUGUGUGUGACGAUAUUAUUAUUAUUGUGAUCUACUAAGUUAAAUAUUGUAGUGCUGUUAUAGAAAGGACAUCAAAUUAAUUACUUGUUUAUGAAUAAUUGGAUAAAGUCAAGGAAGUUCUCAAUCAAAACUCAUAAUGGCAUAUAAUCCCAACUACGGUCAGCAGGGUUACCCUAACCAACCGCCCGGCCAGCAAGGAUACCCCAACCAGCCACCCGGGCAACUAGAAGUGGGUCACGGACCGUACCCGUCCAUGGGCCCCGGCGGCGGGAUCUCGCCGCAGGUCCAGCAAUGGUUCCGAGCGGUCGACAAGGACCAAUCCGGAUUCAUCACUGCCGACGAGCUCAAGGCCGCGUUGGUAAACGCUCAGGGGCAGACGUUCUCGCAUACGGCUUGCAGCUUGAUGAUUGGGAUGUUCGAUAAGGAUCGUUCCGGCCACAUCAACGUAGAAGAAUUCGACAAACUGUACACUUACGUUAACCAAUGGUUGGCAGUGUUCAAGACCUACGACACCGACCAGUCCGGCCAUAUUGACGAACAGGAGCUCUCUAAAGCUUUAAAUCAAAUGGGAUUCCGCUUCACCCCGGACUUCAUCAACUUUCUGAUAAAACGUUCGGACCCGACAGGAGGGAAAGUGUCAGUGGACGAAUUCAUCGUACUCUGUGUCCAAAUACAGCGAUUCACGGAGGCCUUCCGCGUGCGCGACACUCAACAAAACGGAACAGUCACUAUUGGAUUUGAAGACUUCCUAACAGUAGCACUGAGCUGCUCGAUUUAAAAGAUGGAUUACUCUUUCACGGCCUUUCAUCAUGUCCAAUGUCACUCACACUAGAACAUCAUUGAUUUAUCAAGUAAGGGUACUUGAGAGCGUAAAGAUUGCUUUAUCAGACUACGCCUAAAAUGUAUAGUAGUUGUUGGCGCUGUGGGCUCGACAAAUGACACCUUUAGGCGUCCUAGGCUUUGGAAGAGUUAAUGGAGGAAAUCUCAAAACAUACAGAUAUAUCACGAUUACAUGCUUUAUUAGCAAACUUAUGUAUGGAAGAAAUACUGAAGACGUACAGUUACCAUACACAACACACAACUCGCAGUUAGCACCAGACUUCACAUAAGACUUUUAAUGAUGCUUUAAACAUGGGUUAUUUUUAUAAUGAUGUCUUGCUUGGCCAUACCAAUUGCCUGCUUAGAAUUCCAUUGUAUCUGUAAGUAAAUAAAUUAUUUUUAUAAAUA